GAGAACAUGAACAAACCCACAGCCUUUGAAUAUCGGUCGGAGCCUAGCGACACACGUUGACCCCCUGUCCCCGGCCAUAUGCAAACAGGGAACAUUUCCUAAGACAGCUUCAUAAAAAACAAAUACUUUUGUUUGGGCUCAUAGUAAGAGGCCAGUUGACCUCCUGUCAUCCCUCAUGACACCGUUGUAGAACCAAUCAGAACCACCACACGCAGACCAAAGGAACGCUCUGACAUCGGGGGUCAUAUCAGCGACACACAUCAGAGGUCACACAGUUCACCUUCGGUGUGUGUGUGUGUGUGUGUGUGUGUGUGUGUGUGUGUGUGUGUGUGUGUGUGUGUGUGUGUGUGUGUGUGUGUGUGUGGAUACAACACGAAAUAAUAAUAAUUGAAUCGAACCUGAUGCAGAAAGAAACGCAUUAUGCUACGUUCGUCUCUCUAUCAUUAAGUAAAAUACUAAACUGUUUUCGGUUGUGUACCUCUGAUGCAGGUCUGCCCGCCGAUUGGUCCACACAGCUUGCGUCUCGCCUCAGUCACGAGCGCGCAGCGGUUUAUCGCCCAGUGUGUGAAGUUCUGACGCGCAUUCACACUGCAUGCAAACUUAUCAGCACUAGGUCAUCGUCGCGAAGACACAGCUACUACCACCGCGGUUCCGGAGAUAUUCUACGAGUUUGACUGCUGCAUCGAAAUGUCCCUACUAGUCUUACUUCUCCUGCUGGCGGUCUGCCAACAGGUGCUGAUGGUGGAACCGGUGGAACCCCACGAGAAGCGCCUCAACCCCCGUAAACGGCGCCUCUCCUUGCAGAACACAGCGGAGAUCCAGAAUUGUCUGAUAAGUUCAGGUGAUGUUGGCUGCGCCACCUUUCAGUGUUUCAGCAACAACUCGUGUGAGAUCCAAGGCCUCCACCACAUCUGCCACACCCUGCUGCACAACGCGGGAAGCUACGACUCGCAGGGUAAGUGGCUGGUGAAGGAGGCCCUGCGCUGCGCGGCGCUGGGCCUCCGGCAGCGCUCCAGCUGUGUGAGCCGGCGCUGCGGCGCGGUGGGCGCCAUGCUGUCCUCCCUGCUCAGGGAGUGCUUCACCAAGCACCGGCUCUGCCUCGCGCUGCGGGACCACCCCCACACCGUGGGGGACCUGGUGCACUUCCACCUGCUGACCCCGCCGGGGCCAUAUGUUGAGCUGGUCAACUUCCUGUUGGGCUGUGGAGAGGAAGUGAGGUCAUGGGUAAGCGGCAGGCUGCGUGCACAGUGCAGCCAGCAGUGGGGCUCGUCAGUGUGCGCGGCCAUCGGCAGCACCUGUCCCUUCAACCAGUCAGAUCACACCCUGCAGCCCGCCACCGUACCGCCUCGCACCGUGCCCCAGCCAAUCACGCAGCUCACACACAGAUCUGGUGCGGAGGACGACAACGCUUCCACCAAUCAGAGUGACGCUGAGACCCGUCCAGGGCUGCCUAAUCCUGAACCCUGACACAUUGGGGGAAAUAAGUGGGCGGACAGGUCCAAGGCAGCACAGACAGACAGACAGACAGUCAAACAAGUGUGCAGUUAGCCAAAGGUCACGCACUUAUGACUUUACAGAUGGUUGGUAAUAUCGGAAGUUACUACCUCUAUUGACUAUUGAAUGGGAGAUAAAUGCAUAGAAGGUGGCAUUAUCUUGAGAUGUUAACUAGCCGUUUAUUCUCUUUAAAAUACAAAUGACUUCACUGAAAGAUAAACACGUCUACCUCACACACCAUAUUGUACUUCCAACAUACACACACUAGGAAAUUAUCUUGAACAUUGACAUCUUUCUGGUGGGGCAGCAGAUAUAAUCUAUGUCUAUUUAAGUUCUUUAUUUUUUAUUUAUGACUAUAUGUCCCACACAAUUAGUUAUAGCUAGCAGUUUUGCCUGUGAAAAUGAUUGUUACCUGAAACUGUUGAAAGCAUUUCCAUUGUAAUUUGAAUAUCAUUCAGAUUUUGACAUUGAACACUUUUCCAGUAAUCUUUUUUUUAAAGUCAUGCUUUCAUGAAUGCAUACACAAAUCAAAUGUGGAUUAAAAUGAUUCAACUUGUA